AUGGCUGCACAGCGGCUGCUCCUGCCUCUGCUGGCACUCUUAAGCGCGUUAUUGACAGGUUUAUACAUCAUCGAUAUAAUUUCUACAAGAAACUAUGAGUCUGCGUGCGAGAUGACUUGGUCUUGGCCCGUCUACUCACUUGUUUCAUGGCGUUCGGCUCCGUCACACGCCAAAUACCACCUUUUCCGCGUCGACAUGAAAUCCGCACGAAAUUCACUUCUGGGUGUCCCUGUUCUUUUUGUGCCUGGUCACAUGGGAAGCUAUAAGCAGGCACGCUCGCUGUCGCGGCACCUUUGGGACACAAACGAAUCUCUUUUUGAUCUGUUUGCACUCGACCUGAACGAGGAACCGACUGGUCUUAACGGCAAUUAUGUCACUGACCAAGCUAUGUAUCUCAACGCUGUGGUAAGGUCAAUUCUGAAGGAGUAUAAGAGGCAGAAUAAGAAGAACAGGGACUCUGUUAUUCCACACAGUGUGGUCAUUGUCGCCCACUCUAUGGGUGGCAUCGUGGUUCGUACAGCAGCAUUAUUGCCCAAUUACAAGAAGGGAUCGAUUCAACAUGUUGUCGCUCUUGGAGUGCCUUUUGACAAUCCGUCGUUCCCAUUCGAUACCGAAAUGAGCGUAAUCUACGACAGAAUGCGCUUAAAUAAGGGCAAUGAUGACGAUGCGGUGUAUGUGUCGAUUGCUGGCGGGCAUAAAGAUAUUCUCGUGCAGACGUCGCUGACAAGUGUGGAUACAGUGGCAGAUUCUUCGGGGGCUUUUGUUGCACUAGCAUCUGCGAUCCCGACGGUCCAGACUUCGGUCGAUCAUUUCUGCUUGCUUUGGUGUCAUCAGUUGCUGAAAGUUGUAGCUGAGAGUUUGUACAAUGCGGUUGAUCUUAAGACCCGAGGACUUGUGAGCGACCCUAGCUAUCGACUUGAGGUCGCGAAGAACGCAAUAUUUGGUGAAAAGAAUGAAGAAGAAGGAUCAGGAGCUAACGAUUCCAUACACCGCGUGCACGUGCGAAAUGGCUAUUAUCCUGGCGAAUACGCUACAUAUACGCUACUACUCCCGCAAUUCUUGACUAGUUUGAUGCGCAUGAAUAUAUGGACGGUACUUGUGAUCAUGUACGCAAUAACUCUGCAGAUUUCUUACGCACAAAUGACAAAGUGGCAGAGUUGUUUUGAUCGGCAGUCAAAUUCACUGCUUCAACACCUCAGCCACGAAAAAUUCCCAUCAUUUUUAUCGAUGCUGCACCCUGCAGCACAUGCUCCAAUAUUCUUGGUAAACGUCGCAAACGCUAUCUAUGGUUUUAAGGCUGGGAAAUCAACAAUAAUUGGUGCAGCUCUUACUUUAGGUACAGCAGUUGCUGCGGUUUACUUUAGCUAUGGCAAGAUUUCGCUGAACCAAAUGAUCAUUAACUUUGUGGCUGCUGCAACAACUGUUGUCGAGAUUGUUUUAUUGUACGCAUACGCUAUAGGGCUGUUGUACGUGCUCACGAAGUUCAUGUUGCUUCUGCAACAUUGCAUCAUAGUACCUGUCGUAUCGAAGUUGAGCAACAUCACUGAUCGAUUCAAAGUUCGCCGUUGGAUGAUCAUUUCCAUUAUUCACCUCGUUGUGCAACUUGUGGGUCAAUUGAUCUUAUCUCUUGAAUUCUCGAGAGUGCUCGUAUUACUCGUGCUGGCUUCAUUUGUCGUCUUUGUUCUAUACUUGCUAACAUUGGGUGGAAAUUACAAUGCAACCUUGGACCAGCAACAUAUGCAAAACUCGCUCCUCGCUGUGCUGUUAUUAUCUGUACUUCCAUGGACCGGAAAAGUGACGUACUUUUUUGGUGUUAUUCGAUCCCCGAUAGCGGACCUUUCUAAUGAUUUGCUGAUGGAGGGUGGAACGUAUGUUGUGAUUUUGAACAUGCUCACGUAUCUUAUCAGUCUAUCACUUGAUUGUAUGGUUCCACUUCCUCCAACCGCUUUCUUUGGAGCCUCUUCAGGUCAAGAUGCUGCGUCUGUGUACGAGAAGUCGCUCAGUAACUCGGUCAGCAGUGUUAAGAUCACGGCUGAGAACUGCCCGAAGUGUAUUUUUGAGGACGGAGGCCCCGGAUCUAUCCUUGUGGAGUUCACUGACCGAACGACUCAACGGGUUGUGGCAGGUAAAACGAGUGAGGUGAUUUACGUGGGUCCAACGUUCCGUGUUGUCGCUUGUGAUUGCGUCUAUCGGUUUAAAAAUUCAAGAGAUUUCUGUGACUUUUGCAAGCGAUCUUGCCGGUUUUGUGGAGGUGGAAUUGGAAACUAUCAGGAGGCUGCCAAGUAUGAUUUGUUUUUAAAAGAAAAUAGAACGGAGUUGGCCCUGCAUGCUCUUGUACCCAUGAUGUUCCAGAUGUGCGCAGUGAUCCAAGCAACGUACGGCUUGCACCGAGCCUACAUGUCAUUCUAUCUUACGCCUGCGUGCGUUCUGGCGCUAAUCAUAUACCACAAAAUGCUUCGUCAUCCUUUUGAAGCGCAACGUCACAAAAACGAGCAGUGCAAGAGAAGGAAAUUAACGAAUACGUUACCCAACCAAUACAAAGGUAAGUCAGCCACUCCUACUAACAAUAUUGCGACACCUUCAACAAGUAACGCGAAUGCCAUAAGUGGACAAUCCACAAGUGUCCCCCCUUCUCGAAAUAAAAAAAAAAAGAAGCGCCAGCAACUGCUUCAUCACCCCUAA